AUGUGGGCCGUCGACAGUGGUGCAACACACCACAUAUGCCACGACAAGACCAAGUUUGCAAGACUGAACAAGCGCAACGACGGUGAAAUCUUGGUGGCGGAUGGCAACAAAGUGGCCAUCAAGGGUGUUGGAACCAUCUUUGAAAAGGUGGUUCUGCCCAACGGUGAAGAGCGUGAGAUCGAAACCAAGAACGUGCUUUACGUACCAAGCAUGAGCAAGAAUCUACUUUCGGUACCGCAGAUCAACAAGCACGGCAAGUUUCAAGUCGUGUUCGACGGGACCAAGAUGUUUGUCGCUCGCAAAGGAUCGCAACAAGUGGUGGCAACAGCAUAUCUUGUGGAUGGCCUUUGCUGGCUUCACACAGCUCAUCGAUCGGCCAAUGCGACAACAAACGGAUGCAACGGUGUCGACUUACAUGCGCGGAUGGGACGCGCUCCAGCUGAUGUGCUUCGCAAAAUGGUGGCCACGAACAUGAUUAAGGAUGUGAAGGUACCUCUCACGUCAAGUGGAUCAAGCGCAUGCCGAGGAAGUCAACAAGGGAAAAUGGUCCAAAAACUAUUUCCAUGCAGCCAGGACAAGCGCAGAUACGACACCUUCGAGCUACUUCACGUCUACAUCUGCGGACCCAUGGAGAUGAACUCUCUGGGUGGCAGCAAGUUUCUACUGCUGAUCGUUGACGAAGCCAGUGGAUGCAUGAAGGGCUUCUGUCUACGUGUGAAGUCGGAGAGUGAAAACUACAUCACACGAUACAUCAAGAUGGUGAAAGCGCAGCUUGGCAAGAAGGUCAAGCUCGUCCGACACGACGGAGCCCGCGAGUUCGCAACCAACUCGCUUCAAGAAUUCUACGAAGAUGAAGGCAUUGAGCAGCAGACGACGGUGCCAUAUGCACACCAGACUAACGGCACGGCAGAGCGCGCCAUUCGGACUAUCGUCACAAUUGGUCGCAGCAUGCUCCACCAUGCUAAGCUGGAAAAUUAUGCACAAGACUCCGUUCGAGAUCGUCCACAACUCCAAGCCAAGUGUCAAGCACAUGCGGGUGUCGGUUGUCAGGUUUACAUACUGAUACCGAAGGAGAAGCGGCUCAAGUGGGACCCCAAGGCUCGCACUGGGAUAUUCCCGGGCUACGAAGAAGUAUCCAAAGCGUACCGCGUCUAUGACAUCGAGGCGGGGCAGGUGGCCAUCAGUCGCGAUGUCAACUUUGACGAGUCUGCCUUUGGACUUUCGCCGCCAGCCACCGAUGAAGACGCCGAUGACCUUGACUUCGACUCCCUCGAUCUGGAUGAUGAAGCGCCAGGUCAAGCGCAGUACAAGCAAACAGGCAAGCGCAAGAGUCGUCCCCAUGAUGAAGGAGUACCAACUCCACCCACGCGCACAGUGAGUCAACGGCCUGGACUAGAAGAAUCAAGUGCGCCAGACAGUCACACGACCCACCAAGAAGAGGAUGAAGAAACAAAGAAUGCUGAUGCAUCGACUCCGCCUGUGUUUUGGCGUGCGAGUGCGAACGCCAUCGAAGCAGCAGUAGACUUAUCCGAGCCAUCGACUUUUGAAGCUGCGGUGAGCGGUCCUGAUCAAGUGCAUUGGCGCGAAGCUAUCCGUGCGGAACUUGAGUCGAUGCGACUUCGUGAAGUAUUCCGCGCAGCCAAGCUACCUAAAGGACAUCGCGCCAUUGGCACAAAGUGGGUCUUCAAGAUCAAGAGCAAAGCGGACGGAUCAAUUGACAAGUACAAGGCGCGUCUUGUGGCAAGGUGUUUCAAGCAAACAAUUUGGGAUGGACUCCACGGAAACAUUCUCGCCCGUUGUCAAGAACAAGUGUUCUGCGUCAUCCCUGAAGGCGUGGAAUUGGAGGGCUCCUUCGAUUGUCUGGAGUUGGUGAAUGCAAUCUACGGACUAAAACAAGCGUCGCGCGUAUGGAACGAAACGUUUGACGAGUUCGUGUGUGCUAUUGGAUUUCAAGCGUCAGGCCUCGACCCGUGUCUCUACAUAAGGAUUGUGGAAGGGCAAUUCGUGCUGCUGCUGGUGCAUGUAAAUGACGUGUUGAUCACCGGUAGCUCAUGCGAGCUAAUUGCACGCACCAAGACCGACCUAAAGACACGAUUCGAGAUGACUGACAGCGGCAAGUGUGCAUUUGUGCUUGGAAUCGAGCUUUUGGACGGCGCAGAUGUAAGUGUUGUCACACUAUGUCAGCGUCGGUAUGUAGAUGACAUACUCAAGCGCUUUGGCAUGGAUGAUUACAAGGCCGUCGCAAGUCCAGUCGACAUGAGCUCUCGACUUGUUUCAAGUGAUGCAGCCACCAAAGUCGAUGCUCCUUUUCGCGAAGCUAUUGGUGCGUUGAUGCACCUGACCACUGCAACGCGCCCGGAUAUUGCGUUCGCCGUGGGCUAUGUGUCGCAAUUCAUGGAGAAUUCCCAAAAAGAACACUGGGUUGCGGUCAAGCGCAUCUUCCGCUACCUACAAGGCACCAAGAUGCACGGAAUCUGCUACAAGCCAAAUGCGAAGAUCGACUUUCGUGGCUACUCGGAUGCAGACCGGGCCGGUGACCUCGCUGAUCGCAAGUCGACGUCUGGUUACGUAUUCAUGCUGUUGAGUGCGCCAGUGAGUUGGGGCAGCAAGAAACAGCCAAGUGUUUCGUUGUCCACGAGUGAAGCCGAAUACACCGCACUCAGCUUGGCGGUUCAAGAGGGCAAGUGGAUUCAUCGUCUGAUUUGUGAGAUCAUGAUGGCUGACAAUGAAGAAGGACCGGAACUCAUGAUCCAUAAAGAUAAUCAAUCGUGUAUCAAGAUGACAAAGAACCCGGUCAACCACGGCCGUGCUAAGCACAUUGACAUAAAGUAUCAUCACAUCCGUGAUGAGGUCAAGCGCGGUGAAGUGAAGCUCAAGUACUGUGAAACUGCGGUGAUGUUAGCGGACAUCAUGACGAAGGGACUUCACGGGCCACGCCACAAGGAGAUGACGGCGACUCUCGGGAUUUGUGCGAGUUCGCAUUGA